AUGCUGCACACUGAGACUACAUUUUCCGACUUCCUCUCGAACUUCCGCUUCGUCCUCGAGUGGGCACUCAAUGCUCUCUCUGCUCAAUGGACAUAUUGGAAGUUGUUAAAAAAUAACUGCCAAAAACAUUCUUCUUUUCCUGAACUGGUGAUCAGCAGGGAAGAGGUGGAUAUGGUGAUGGAGAGGCUAGGAAUUGCAUCGAGUGUGCCAGACAAGGCCGAUGAGAAGCAGCAGGAUGUUAUUGGUUUCCGAACAGACGAGAUAUCGACCCUGUUCGAGGCAGAGCCUGCCACCGUUGAGGAGGUGAAGGGAGCUUUUGAGGUGUUUGAUGUGGACAAAGCUGGGGUCAUAGGUGCAGGGGACCUGCAGAGGGUUCUGUGUGCUCUUGGACUGAUUGAAGAAGAUGAAGAAGAAGAAGAAGAAGGUCAAACGAUGGACCAGUGCAAGAGACUGAUCCAGAAAUUCGACGAGAACGGCGAUGGGGUCAUUCAAUUUCAGGAGUUCUUGAAAAUCUUGUCGCCCUCCUGA